UCGUCAGAGUAAGAGUCACUUCUUUCGAUCAAGCAGACAGGAAGCAAUUAUGUUAAAUCGUGAAAAAACAAACGGGAGUGUCACUUCAAUAUUGACUCUGGCGUCCUUUAAGUAGCGUGACACUGGACAGAUAACCUGCACGCUCAAUAUUUGCUCUUGUUUAACAUUUCGGGUUCCUCCUCCUCCUCCUCCUCGUCGAAGUCUUGCAGUGUGGGGUUGCCCACUCGUGUCAUCCUCCAAAAUAGACGCUGAUGACAAAGAGUCCGGUGACGUGUAUACCGGAGGGAGAAGGGGAAGAAGGACGAGGAGGUUGCGAAAAGCACCAGCUCCGGUGGCGGCGGCGGCGGGGGUGCUACCCGGAUGCUCCCCCCGACUUGGAGAGCCCUUUCCCGCCCGGCUCGCCCUCCUCGGGUCCCGCUCCCGCCUCCGCCAUGAAGCGGCAAAACGCCCGCACCCUGGCGCUCAUUGUCAGUAUCCUCACCUACCUGGUGGUGGGCGCCGCCGUGUUCGAGACGCUGGAGUCCCGCGAGGAGCGCGGCCACAAGCGGCGGCUGGAGGCGCGGCGUCAAGAGAUGUUGAUCAAGUUCAACCUGAGCCGGGCUAACUUCGAGGAACUGGAGCAGGUGGUCGCCCAGCUACGCGCGCACAAGGCGGGCGUGCAGUGGCGAUUCGCCGGCUCCUUCUACUUCGCUAUCACUGUGAUCACCACCAUCGGCUACGGCCACGCAGCCCCUAGCACGGACUCAGGGAAAGUCUUCUGCAUGUUCUAUGCCCUGUUAGGCAUCCCGCUCACCUUAGUCAUGUUUCAGAGUCUGGGCGAGCGCAUCAACACGCUGGUGCGCCACCUGCUGCACCGAGCCAAGAAGUGCCUGGCCCUGCGCCACACCGAGGUCUCCAUGGCCAACAUGGUGGCAGUGGGCUUCCUCUCCUGCUUGGGCACCCUGUGCGUGGGGGCGCUCGCCUUCUCCAGCAGCGAGGGCUGGAGCUUCCUGCACGCCUUCUACUACUGCUUCAUCACGCUCACCACCAUCGGCUUCGGCGACUACGUGGCGCUGCAGCGGCACGACGCGCUGCAGAAGGAGCCGCGCUACGUGGCCUUCUGCUUCGUCUACAUCCUGACGGGCUUGACGGUCAUCGGCGCUUUCCUCAACUUGGUGGUGCUGCGCUUCCUCACCAUGAACGCCGAGGACGAGCGGAGGGACGCCCUGAGGCACGGGCCCCCGCCGGGCAACGGCAAGCCCGGUUCGGAGAUAACGUGCCUGGUGGCGCCCGCCGCCUCGGCGCCGUCCACGCCCAAGGCUAAAGACGUCUACGCGGAGGUGUUGCAAUUCCAGACCAUCUGCUCAUGCCUGUGGCACCGCAGCGAGGGCAAGCCGCGCGGCCCUUCCGACGCCGUUCCCCGGGAGCUCGGCUUCUCGGACGUGUACCUGCCGCGGGACAGGACGCGUUACGUCGAGACGGCAUCCACGGGUUGUGUGUGUACGCCGCGCCGGCGCUCUAAGAAGCGACUGGACAUUCUCUCACCAUUCCGGAUGUUUAUGAGACGCAGUUCAGUGUAGGGGGGCAAAAAUACCCCCAAAAAGCGGACCGCUCAUGCGAGGCGGGAGAUUUCGACUUGUGGUGCUGAGUGAACUUGAUCGUUGGACUGCUCUUUGACAGGUUUAGGCUACAAACUGAAAUUUGUGGUCUCCGAGAGGACGACGACCCGCAAGCAACAAAAUUGCAGUGAUGCAGUGUCUCGAAUUGAGAUGACGCAACACCAACAACGAUUUAAAAAGAUUUGAAACGUGUCUGCAGAGCUUCUGAGAUGCUGUUUCGAUGAUAUCCAUCCAGCCGAUAUCACAUUCGACUCCGAAUAAACUGCAGAGAUGCAGUUUAGUGUUAUGAUAUGCCAGCGCAAUGGUUGGUCAACUCGCGGUGCUAAAAAACAAACGGCGCAGGAAACUAGAUCAGUCGGACUUCAGGUAUUUUUUUUUCAAGUGUGUGAUCUUCAGCGUUUCAAAUGAGGUUGCUUAGGUGCUUAAAAAAAGUUCUCUCCUUUUGGAAACAUUUGGAACAGGUCGAACGAGUCUCUAGGACGGUGAUGCGAUGAGAACCGUAACCGCAAAUCAGCAACAAAGUGAGGAAAGUUGCAGCAAAGAAGUUUCAUAUCAUGAAUUGAGUUCUUGAUACGGCGCAACAACAACAAUUUUGCAAACCGUUUUCAAGGGGUUCGAUAAGAACCGUCCAAUAAAAUCAGAGAACGACUCCAGACAAGCAGCAACGUUGCCAUGAUGAAGCGCCGUGUCAUGAUAUAACGUUACAUGACGUCCGAAAAUGCAAUCAUGUGAAAAGAGGUCUCAAGAGUUCCUUGAUAGGAACCGCCCGCUCAAACACACAGUUGCGCUGAUGCAUUGUUGUAUCAUAAAGCGAUCGUUAUUCCCGAGAAGAAAAACAAGGAGGGGUGGGAGUAGUACAUGUUUAAGGGGACUAUUUUUAGGGACUAUCUUAAGCGUCGGUCUGUACUGGCAGAUGGGAGGGGCUUUGCCAUGUUAGCACAAAGGAUAAUUAUCAAGCUGUCAAUCACGGCCUCCAAUAGACCGUCAUUAGAAAAGUCCACUAUAUGCAUCGGAACACGAUACAUCAUUGUCUGUUAUUUUAAGACCAAAAAUAUUCAUAAACAAGCACACUGGCUAAGGUCUGUUUCAAGGUAUACAGAAUGUAUAGAACCCGCUGUGUCAUCCAGAUGGUUUCCCCCUUGGAAUUCUGACCCAGGUCCAGUUCCGGAAAAGCUAUAGCAGAUUGGUUACAUGUAGCGGCGUGACACGGUGUCAUGCAAAAGUGAUUAGUCGGUAUUUAUUGGGGGCCAGUGCGGGACACACAGCCCGGGAGGUGUGAUGGUGCAAAAGCAAUACGGCAAAGUGGCUCGAAGUUAGCCACGUGCGGAAAGCUACAGUAGCGUAACGUCAUAUUGUGAAGUGAAACCUGAAUGAUAGAUAGAUAGAUAGAUAGAUAGAUAGAUAGAUAGAUAGAUAGAUAGAUAGAUAGAUAGAUAGAUAGAUAGAUAGAUAGAUAGAUAGAUAGAUAGAUAGAUAGAUAGAUAGAUAGAUAGAUAGAUAGAUAGAUAGAUAGAUAGAUAGACAGCUAGCUAGCUAGCUACAUAGAUGGAUAGAC